AUGUUUGACGAAUUGAUUGCACUACUCGAUGAUACGAAUCGCUCAUUCAAAGGAUCUAUUCUCGUAACCAGCUUAGAUUUUGACUCUAAUUUUCUCUUAGAACAUUUUCUAAGUUAUGCGUUGAAAAAUUCGAUAAACUGUGCUUAUAUUAGUUUAUUAACGCCUUUUUCGCAUCUGAAGCACGUUCAAGGUAAAAUGGGCAAUGUAUUGAAAACAGCUGAUAUGUCAACUUCAUUACCUCUCAUGUUUAUUCCAUUAUUUUCAUCGAUAUCCGAGCAGUUUUUCAAUGAUAAACCAACACUUAGUAUUGACGAUUUGUGCGCAAUGAUCAAACAACAAGUUAUUGCAUCGCCGGAAAUAAUUAUUCUUGAAGAUUUACAAAUCUUGCGUCAUCUACUGAAAUAUUCUGAUGAACAAAUCUUAUUGAUGCAAAGAAAGCUACGAGAAAUGUUUCCGAUGGUACAAUUUAUUACACAAAUCUCACUGUCGGAUGAUGAAAAUAAUGAUGAGAACUUUUCGUCAUUUCUUCUGAAUAUGUCGAAGCGAAUACAUGAAAAGCAUUUGUUCGUUCGAAGUUUAACAACUGGCGCAACGAAAGACAUCAACGGACAGUUAACGUACUCAGGACCAUCUCAGUCUCGCAUGUGGACAGAUAUAAUCAUUCGUCAGUGUUUAUUUCGUCUAACUGAUCGAACAUUGAAUUUGAUCGCUAGUGCUGUCUAA